UCCAAUUUAUUGGAUCGUUAUCGAAGCUCCGCAACAAUGGAGGAGAUCAGGAGAGGGGAUCUUCUAGACUCUGCGAAGCAAUCCCAACAUUUGCAACCGACUCCCUUCAGCAUUGCUGACAUUUUGAACAGAACUAAUUCACCUUCCGAGCUGGAAAGACGAAGAUUCGAGGUGAAUGAUUCCAAGGAAGGUGAAGAGUGCUCCCAGGGAGAGAGCAAGGAUGAGAAUUGCCAGGACGAUGUCAGGAUCCUGCAGGACUCCCAGCUCUUCCAGAAUUGCAGAUUGUCUUCGAGAGAUCUGAAUGUCUCCAGGGAGCUGGAUAUUUUGAGAAGGAAUCUUGCUCAAGCCAGCUUGUCCAAUUUUAGGGGAAUUCCGGGUUUGGCGACGAAUAAUGUCGAGUUUGUCGAGUCUUUGGGUCCUGUGGCUGGGGCUUAUCAGGUCGGUGAUAACAGGGACUCCAUACACAGGCAGCAGGACAAGGCCUUGGACAUGAGCAAGAGCAAGUACUUUGAUAGUGCGGAGGUGAACUCAUACAAAAUCGAGUCCCAGGACCAAACAUCCCACGGGAGGAAAAAACGAAGCAGAGCUGCAUUUUCGCAUGCACAGGUCUACGAAUUGGAAAGAAGAUUCGCUGCUCAAAAGUAUCUAUCUGGUCCAGAAAGAGCAGAUUUGGCACGAGGUCUGAAACUUACGGAGACCCAAGUGAAAAUUUGGUUCCAAAAUCGAAGGUACAAAACCAAACGGCGACAGCAACAGGAGCUGGAAGCCUUGGUGAACUCCAGAAGUGCAAGACGGGUAGCAGUUCGAGUUUUAGUUCAUCCCGAUGAACAUCUCAGAGCUUUGCCGGUGCCCAGAUCGGAUCAGCUCCUCCGGCGAUCCGUAGACUCUCAAGUUUACCCCUUGAAUAAAACCCUGAGUGGUUUCCCAUACUAUUGUCUACCUUACCAUCCAUUACUUUGUUCACCCUCGCACGCGGCUCAAAUCCAAGUCCAAGGAGCCCUACCAUGUCUCGAGCAAGAAGGAAAAGAUGUGCACGUGAAGAUCGAUGGCCAGAAAUGAAGACCUGGAAGAGGCGAAAAGAAAAUGGCGUCUCUCCCUUAAGAAACUCGCAAUAAAUCGCGUUAGGGUUGUCGUUUAUUUUUCUAAAGGUCCAGGAAAGUCUAUCGCGAGCAUGUUGCAAAUUAUGAACUGUCGAACCCGAUUACGUGAUGCAUGCAUUUUUAUUUAGUCCUAAUAACAUUAAGGCGACCUGAAAGUGGCAUCGAA